AUGUGGGGCUCCACGCGGCGAGGCCCUGGGAGAGGCCGUGAAGUGGCUUUAAACCCCAGUGAUGAAGAACGAGCAGCAGCAGCAGCAGCAGCUGCUGCUGCUGUUGCUGCAGCAGAGUCAGAUAAUGACGGCCUCGAUAGUGGAGAUGUUCUGUUCGAUGCUGACGAGGACACCAACGAAGAAAUAGAUAACCUUGCAUUUGGAAGUGCUGUUGAGAUGCACCCGCGGGUGUUGGGAAGGCCCACUGACGCAGCAGCAGCAUCAGCAGCAGCUUCAGCAGCAGCAGAUGACCCUCUUGCUGCUGACAGCCAAGUGGCUUCUCGAUCAGGCCCCUUGGCUUGGAUGCGGCGGCUGCUGCGGCUGCAUCUGCCGCAGCAGCAGCAGCAGCAGCAGCAGCCGCUGCAGCUGCGAACCCCCAGGAGGCGCCGCAGGAGAUAUGAAGCUGUUAUAGGGGAGGGGGUGCACGCGGAGGACACUCCUGCUGCUGCCUUGGAGCAGCAGCAGCAGCAGCAGCAGCAACACGAGCUGCCUCUGCAGAUCAGAGGCAGGAGCAGCAGCGUCAGCAGCAAUACCAGCAGCAGGAGCAGCACGGAUCGCAACAAUGCGGACUUUCCUGCUGCUGCUGCUCCUGCUGCUGCUGCCGCCCCUGCUGCUGCUGCUGCUGCAGCUGAGGGGGGCAUCAUGGCUGCGAUUCGGCGGGCACAAGCAAUGCUGCAGGAGGGCCGCGCAGCAGCAGCAGCAGCACCAGCAGCAGCAGCAGCAGCGCCAGCAGCAGGAGCUGAAGCAGCAGCAGCAGCAGCAGCAGACACCAGUGCAGGUGACAGCAGCAGCACGGAAGGCCCGGUGCGCCGGCUGUGGCGGCGGCUGCGGGAACGCGUGAGCGGUGGCUUCGGAGCAGGAGACCCUGCAGCGGCAGCAGCAGCAGAAGCAGCAGCAGCAGAAGCAGCAGCAGCAAACCUCCAAGAAGAAGAAGAAGACUACUACGAUGACCCCCGCUGCCAGCAGCUGCUGCUGGCCACAGGCUUUCUUUGCUGGGCUCCAAUCCUUUGGGUUUUGGGCUGUCUUUUGUUCUUUGUCACCCCACGCGAGUUCCGCAGAACCCGAAAAUGGGCUGCUGUGAACAUGGUGGUUGUUGCUGUUUUCUUUUUUCUUUACGGCGCUCGCCAAAUUGAUGAAAAGGGCCCCAAGACUCCCCGCGUGGUAUACUUUGGCAGGGAAGAUCUGCGGCCUUUGUGGCAAGCUCGCAUCCCACAACCUGUGUCAUCAGGCAUCAUCUGGGAGGUCGUCGGGGGGCGGCUUCAGAGGACAAAACUCUAUCACAUCGACUCAGACACAGCCCUUGAGCUCCAAGGCUGGCAGCCGCUGCUGCUCCCCAAGCAGCAGCAGCAGCAGCAGCAUAAGCCUCUCAGGAUUGUCAAGUUUAAUUUGGACGACUGGCUGGAUGGGGACUGGGGAGAUGAGACAGUGCUGGGCCCCGAGCCAGGGGACCUGAGGGGCCCUUUUGCUGCUACUGCGCUGCAGAGUCCUGCAGUCGUGAUGACGGGUCGCGUGCAGUUCGCUGCUUCUUUUGUUGCUUCCUUCGCCGACGCAGCUGCUGCUGCUGCUGCUGCUGCUGCAGCAGAUGCGGCACGUGAUAUGCACGACAUAGCGAAGCCCACGAGUGUCUUCCCGACGGACAUCUCCGUAGAGGCGCUGCCAGCAGGACUCAGCGAGCUGGCCUCUGGGUAUUCUGGGGCCGCCCUGCGGUGUGUUCCAGUUCCCCUAGAAGUUGCUGAGGGUUUGACUUGGGGUUUGCUGGAUGGCGAGGAAGAUGAGGCUGAGCAGCAGCCGCUGCUGCUGCCUGUAGAUUUGCUGCUGGCUGCUGCAGCAGACCAGCAGAAGUCCGACACCAAAUGGGUGCUUCUGCCCCCCAAGCAGCUGCAGAGCGGCAGCACCAGCAGCAGCAGCAGCAGCAGCAGCUGGGGGGCUUUUGCGGCCUCCAAGGUUCUUGCCUUUCGGCGUAAGCAUGCAUGUUCUCUUAUUGUGCUCUACACGCCCCCGCAGCAGCAGCAGCAGCAGCAGCAGCUUUCGAUGCAGCAGCCCCAAGUGUACGUGCGCUCUCUUGUUCUCAACCCAUUGCCUUAA